GCCAAGCAUCACCAUGCCAAGACCUUCUCUUCUCACUUUGAUAUUGGCCAGUGCUCUGACUUCAGUAACUGGAGAUGUUAGUAUCAGACUGGUGAAUGGUAAUAAUGACUGCUCUGGAAGAGUUGAGAUCCUGUAUAACGGCCAGUGGGGAACAGUGUGUGAUGAUGACUGGGACAUGAAUGAUGCUGCUGUGGUGUGCAGACAGCUGGGAUGUGGAAGAGCUGUUAGUGCACAUAAGGAGGCUCGUUUUGGCCAGGGUAGUGGUCAGAUCUGGUUGGAUGAUGUGGACUGUUCAGGAAGUGAAUCAUCGCUCACACAGUGCUCACAUCCUUCUUUUGGAAAACAUGACUGUCGUCAUAGUGAAGAUGCAGGCGUCAUCUGCUUAGUACCAGACAUAAGGUUGGUCGGUGGGUCUGAUUCAUGCUGUGGGAGAGUGGAGAUCCUGUAUAAUGGCACAUGGGGAACCGUGUGUGAUGAUCACUGGGACAUGAAUGAUACUGCUGUGGUGUGCAGACAGACACAGUGUGGAUCAGCCAUCAGUGCUUCUCCUAGCGCUGCCUUUGGUCAAGGCAGUGGAUCGAUCUGGCUGGAUGACGUUGAAUGUUCAGGAAGUGAAGGAAACCUCACACAAUGUUCACACAGAGGACUAGGAACACAUAACUGUAAACAUGGUGAAGAUGCUGGUGUUGUUUGUUCAGGUGAGCUGCGGAUGCCGACUCUUUCCCUGACCUCCACACAUGCAGCUGUUUCUCCUGGAGAAAAUAUCCAGUUCAGUUGCACAACACCUAAACCAAGAUGCGAGGCUAAAGCUGAAUUCCAGCUCUUCAGAAACGGACCAUCUAUAUCCUCCCAGACACAUGAAUCUAGUGUGACUUUCAACCUUGUUAAUGUAGACGUCUCACAUCAUGGCAGCUACAGCUGUUGUUACUCCUACCAAAACAACAUCAAAUCAUCUUUGAGCAACACUGUUAUCAUCACUGUGGUGAUCUUGCAGCAGCCCAGUAUUUCCCUCAGUGAUCCUGAUGGACUGUUUCACGUGGGGCUUCAGGGGCCAGUGAUCACCAGGGGUCACAGUUUCACUAUCAUCUGUAACACUGACCCUCAGUAUCCUGGAGGAUCUUUUCACCUGUUCAGAGGAUCAAACUUCACCAGGACUGAGUCAGCUGUCAGUCACUCUGCCUCCUUCUUCUUUCCUGAAGCAGAUUAUUCACACGAGGGAAACUACAGUUGUGUUUAUGAAGUCAGUGUCUCCUCACGCUCCUUUCGUUCAUCUGCCUCUGAACUGCUGCUCAUCACUAUCACAGUGAACUUGCAGCAGCCCAGUAUUUCCCUCAGUGAUCCUGAUGGACUGUUUCACGUGGGGCCUCAGGGGCCAGUGAUCACCAGGGGUCACAAUUUCACUAUCAUCUGUUACACUGACUCUCAGUUUCCUGGAGGAUCUUUUCACCUGUUCAGAGGAUCAAACCUCACCAGGACUGAGUCAGCUGUCAGUCACUAUGCCUCCUUCUUCUUUCCUAAGGCAGAUUUUUCACUGGAGGGAAACUACAGUUGUGUUUAUGAAGUCAGUGUCUCCUCACGCUCCUUUCAUUCAUCUGACUCUGAACUGCUGUUCAUCACUAUCACAGUGAUCUUGCAGCAGCCCAGUAUUUCCCACAGUGAUCCUGAUGGAUGGUUUCAUGUGGGGCCUCAGGGGCCAGUGAUCACCAGGGGUCACAGUUUCACUAUCAUCUGUUACACUGACUCUCAGUUUCCUGGAGGAUCUUUUCACCUGUUCAGAGGAUCAAACAUCACCAGGACUGAGUCAGCUGUCAGUCUCUCUGCCUCCUUCUUCUUUCCUGAAGCAGAUUAUUCACACGAGGGAAACUACAGUUGUGUUUAUGAAGUCAAUAUCUCCUCACGCUCCUUCUGUUCAUCUGCCUCUGAACUGCUGCUCAUCACUAUCACAGUGAACUUGCAGCAGCCCAGUAUUUCUCACAGUGAUCCUGAUGGAUGGUUUGAUGAGGGGCCUCAGGGGCCAGUGAUCACCAGGGGUCACAGUUUCACUAUCAUCUGUAACACUGACUCUCAGUUUCCUGGAGGAUCUUUUCACCUGUUCAGAGGAUCAAACAUCACCAGGACUGAGUCAGCUGUCAAUCACUCUUCCUCCUUCUUCUUUCCUGAAGCAGAUUAUUCACAUGAGGGAAACUACAGUUGUGUUUAUGAAGUCAGUGUCUCCUCACACUCCUUCCGUUCAUCUGACUCUGAACUGCUGCUCAUCACUAUCACAGCCUCUCUGCUUCCUGUCAUUGGUGCUGCAGUGUCAGCUGUGCUGCUCUUAUUGUCUGUCCUUAUAAUCAUCCUCCUGCUGAAGAGAAGACAAAAGAACAAGAACAAGGAAACUAAUUUAAAGUGCUCUUUCACAAAAGGUGCAGGUAAUACAUAUGCAGGUGCCUCCCAUGAUAACAAAAAUGAAGAAGAUGAUGAGGCUGAUUAUGAAAAUGUAGAGCUUGGUGAAAACAUGGAUCAUAAUGAAUCUGAACAGGACUAUAUUAAUGUGGACUCUGAUCAUUCUGAAGAGGACUAUGUCAAUGUGGACUCUGAUCAUUCUGAAGAGGACUAUGUCAAUAUGAAUGUUAUUGAAAAUAAAAGUGUGGUCAAAUCUGAUGAUAACAUUUAUGAAAGUUGUUUUGACUAAUACCACGUCAUUUGAAUGAAUUAUCUUGGCCAACUUGAAGAACAUCACUGCACCCUUGAUACAUCUUGCAACACCUUGACAGACCUGGGAAUUACGCAAUGAUCUUAUUGGUGGACUUCAGCUCGGCCUUUAAUACCAUCAUGUUUGAUCUUCUUUCGGACAAACUGAUCCAGUUCUGUGGGGCCUCCCAAAUCUGUCAGUGGACUACCAGCUCCUUUAAAGACAGGCAACAGCUAGUAAGUGAGGCUGGGAAAACUCACAUCUAGGACCCUGACUAUCAGCACUGGUGCCCCUCAGGGAUGUGUUCUCUCCCCACUGCUAUUGUCCCUGUACACAAAUGUCUGCACUUUAAAGGACCCCUCUGUAAAGCUCCUGAUGUUUGCAGAUGUCACUACAGUCAUUGGCCCCAUCCAGGACUGUGCUAAGUCUGCAUAUGGUUGAGCAAAUGGCUGUGUGGUGGAAUCAGAGCCAAAACAGUGGAGAUGAUAGUGGACUUUAGGAGAAAUCCCCCUGCAAUUCCCCCACUGUCCAUCAUAAACAGCAUUGUAACAGCAGUGGAGUAAUUCAGGUUACUGGGCACCACCAUCACUCAGCACCUGAAGUGAAACAAUCACAUCGUCUCUUUUGCAAAAGAAAAAAAAAAUCAUAGCAGAGGUUGUAUUU